AUGGAGCGGACUUCGCUGAGGACACCGACGUCGUCCCGUCCGCUCACUCCAGAAUCCCCACUCAAGCAUAUUCUCAGUAGCAGCGAGCACAGCCUGCAAUACGAUGACGAUCUCACAAAUGCACUCGCAGCUCUACGCAACUUCUCCAGUCGUGCGGCGACGCCGCUCGAGCUGACGUGCUGCUGCGAAAACCCAGAUUGUGAAUCACUGCAUGCGUGGAAAGACGCGGUUGCAAAGCUAGAAAGAGAACUCGUUCUCAGCGCAGAGGUUGGACAGGCAUUACUGCAUCGACAUGAAGCACAUCUACGCGCGCAGGAUUCUAUACGCGAAACAGCCGACCGAAACGCCCAACUUUACUCUGAUGCGCGCGAGAAAGUGGCAAAAAUAACGGCCGCAAACAAUCAACUCGUGGCCAAGAUGUCGCUACUAGUAAAGGAGAAUACAGUUCUCGAAAAGAGAUUGACCCAAACGCUGCUCAACUCGGAGAUUGCUGAGGCGUCGAACCGAACGUUGCUACACGAGGUGCAAGAGUCGAGGAGUACGAUUGCAAAACUCUCUGCGCAGAGUGCGCGAUCUGUAGGUUGGGAGGCAAAACUCAAUACUCUGCAGCAGGAGCGAGAUGAUUUACGAGAAGAGAAACGAGCAGAGGCAUCCCGAGCACGAACCGCAGAGGCAAAGGUAGCUGCCCUUUCCGAAAAGUGCGCAAGAUUGCAGGCGGAGCUCUAUGGUCUCCGAGAAGAGAGGGAAAACACCCGGCCGUCGAAAGUCACCCUGUCAGACGAGAUUCUGAGAGACGCGAGGCUACGUCUCGAUUCCCUUCAACUCGCACUCUCCCAGACAACCCGCUCAGAGGAUACUGAACUUUCUCGUGUUCUGGGGGAACUGGUAUCCGAAAAUGAGGCGCUGAAGCACGACAACGCUGAGCUCCAGAAUCUCUUGUCCGACAGUAGGGAAGAGGUCAAGCAGCUCAGGGAGGAGGUCGAGGAAACCAAGGUCACAAACGCAGUUUUCCAAGACCGCAUCGCAGAAGAAUCUCAUAUCCUCCCGUUACGACAUGAUUUGAGCCCAAAUCAUCGCAAGCGAGAGAGCUGGGCUUCGACUGCAUCUGCUCCACUUCCCGUGUCGCCGCACCGCAACGACGGAUUCCUGUCACCCCGUCUACCGCUUGGGCGUAUGAGGACAUCUAGUCACUCUCAUGCAGGCCAUCGAAGAACUGCCACUCAAGUACGCCGGCCUACAUUAGAAACACCGGAUGAGAGAGCCGCGGUGGAUGCGAGCUCUGCCAACGAAAGUGAUGCUUCUAGGAUGUCACAUUCCCCGGUUCCAUCGACUGCGGGCAGUCGAAGAACUUCGAUAAGCAGACAUUCGCACACGCCUUCUACCUACAGCGUGGACAUGGACGCUUCAAACCAGCCAGACGAUGCUGUUUUAUCGCCACCCAAAGGGCGCAAGAAGCUUAUGCUUCUGACGCGCUCUCGAGGGGUUCAGACGGACCCAAUCACCAUCCUUCCCAUCUCACCUCGCCCUGCCUCUCUCCUCGAUGAGCCUACGCCAUCCGGAUCGCACUCUGAGACUUCUUCUUUCCACGAGGGAAGAGUGUCUCAGAUGUCUAUACUAUUAGACAAAGUAUCCGCUCUGCUCAACCGCAUGACUCAGGCGGACGUUCCCACUCUCACAAAUCGACUCAAACGUCAGCACAUUCUCGGGGCGGAUGUGGGGCACAUUUCGCGUUCAACGAUUAGCAGCAUACUCAACGAAGUAUCAGGUCUGCGCAAUCAUUUUAGGAGCAUUCUCGACGACGAGAGGUCCGCCACGGUCAUCUCUCGCAAGGAGUUCCGUGGUCUACUCAAAUCGUAUUCCGACCUCUUCCAAGAGCUAGGUUCUCUUCGAGCAACCGUGAAUGAAGUCGUACUCAAUCCAGGCAUCGCAAACAAACUUCGGGAGGAAGCACUUGAGCCGGAGGAAAGCAAAGGCAAGGUGGAAACAGCAAAGGGAGGAGCACUGGGAGGCUGGAUAGCGCCCUUGUCCAAAUUUUGGGCUGGCGCACCAUCUAACGCAGCGGAUCCCAAAGCUACUACCCAAGCCAAUCCCACUGCCUUGAUUCGAGCAGGCAGCAGUCGCAACCGUCUGCAGCCUCCCAAGAUUGCUCCCAAAAUCGCUGCAGCGGUGUCUGCCUCGACCACGACAGUCAAUGUCGAGUUUACCAAUGCGGGAAUCAGGAGGGCGAUAUCGACCACACCUGAUCCAGUCUCGAGUCCUUCUCCUCCUGUUCCUAAACCCAGUACUGCCACGUCUCCUCUUGCCCAACCUCGACCUCAACUCCGAGGGAUUUUCGCGGGGUCGUCAGGAGGAACUUCAACCCGCUUGGUGGCCGAGCGACAAACAUCGGUCGGAAUUGGGACAGCAAGCUCGUCGCGACUGGAGCAAGCCAAGCUGCGAGCGCCAAGGCGGGCCACCCAAGACCCUGAGUUUCCUAAGGGAGAGCCUGCCCGGAGAUACUCGAGAGCCGUGGAUGCCGUUGUAGAUCAACAUGCAGUUGACGAAGAUGAAGAGGACGACGAGUAUCCUGGAGAUCUCCUCCAGCGAACGCUAAGACCGAGAGGAUUGUCAGACUCUUCUGUCCAUUCGUCGAUGAUUCCACACGGACCGCCGGUGAGCCGGCUGCUGACACCGGCCGGACUGGCUCUAAGCUCUCCGACUGUGGACGCCCCGGCCACGGGUGCUAUUGCAGGGGUGGCCAGCGCGCUUGGUGGCGUCGUAGGAUGGCUGGAGAAGGAUCCAGUCCUACAGAGCUUCAGUCGUCGAGUCCAAGGCCUUCGUUUCCCAACUGGAUCCAACCAAAUGAAGACGCAAGAUCUGCCUGAUAGCGACCAGCCACCAAAUACUUCUAAACAACCCGAGAAUGAUGGCAUUAGCUCGUCUCAAGGCGCGACGCCUACCACUCUCUCAAAGACACUCCCAAUCUCACCUUCAUUGUCGCCACCAAAGCCUAUACCCGAGCACCUAUCCUCACGGACGGGGCUCUUGCGUCGAAACGACUCGCGAUCGCCACCCAGAAAAUCGUCUCCUCGCGGUUCGCCCAGGCUCGGCGUGGAUACCAUACGCGCUGGGUCGUUUAGAUCCGGUGGAAUCUUACCUGGUAUGAGAGCUCGAGCGGGUCCAGUCUCACAGAUUGUGAUUGAGCGGGAGGAUACGACCAGUCCUCGAGAAACCCGGAGGUCGGCUGUAUCUGGGCUCGACUCGCCUGUAGGGCACCUAACGCGGUCGGAUAGAUAUUGA